AUGGUCGCGAACCGCCACCUGCCGGUGUCCCCCGGGGGUCCGGCCGGGGCCGGGGGGCCGCCGGGGGCGCGGGGAGAAGAGCUCCGGGAGCCACCCCCGCCGCCGGCCGCCAGUUUGGCGGGCUACCCUCAGAAGCUGGCCGAGGUGCUGAGCAGCCAGUACGGGCUGAACGUGUUCGUGGCGGGGCUGCUGCUGAUGUUCGCGUGGGCGGUGCACGCCGUGGGCGUGGGCAAGGGCCACCUCCUGUCCUUUCUCAUCACCCUCAUGCUCAUCCAGCUCCUGUGGAUGCUGUGGUACGUGGGUCGGAGCUACGCGCAGCGGAGGCUCAUCCGGGAGAAGGACACGCACGCGGGCGCUCGCUGGCUGCGGGGUAGUAUCACACUUUUUGCCGCCAUCACCAUCGUUCUAGGUUGCUUUAAAAUUGGAUACUUUGUUGGAUUUGCAGAAUGUUUAUCAGCAACAGAAGGAGUCUUUCCAGUUGCCCAUUCAAUCCAUACUCUCUCACAGGUAUAUUUCCUUUGGGGACAUGCAAAGGAUAUUAUCCAGUCUUUCAAAACACUUGAAAGGUUCGGCUUGAUCCAUUCUGUAUUCACAAAUUUGCUCCUCUGGGCUAAUGGUGUCCUCAAUGAGUCAAAACACCAGCUUAAUGAACAUAAGGAAAGGCUGAUGACUUUAGGCUUUGGAAACAUCACAAUAGUCUUAGAUGACCACUCCCCUGAAUGUAAUUGCACGUCCGCCGCUCUCUGCUCCGUCAUCUCACAAGGAAUCUAUUACCUCUAUCCUUUCAACAUAGAGUAUCACAUCUUGGCCUCCACAAUGUUCUAUGUCUUGUGGAAAAACAUUGGCCGCAAAGUUGAAAGUCAUCCGCACCCCAAGAUCCAGUUCAGGUUCCAUGGGGUGAUGAUGGGCACAGCUGUCGGGCUGACGGUGCUGGCCAUCACCAUCGGCAUCGUGGCAGUCUACCUGAUCCAGAUCGGGCGGUCAAAGACCAAAAGCGAGUCUGCCCUCAUCAUGUUUUACAUCUACGCUACCGCCUCCCUGAUGCUGAUGGUUGUGGCCGGCGUUGCAGGAGUCUGGAUUUAUAGGACGCAAGAGACGGCGUUGGAUGAGUCCAAAAACCCUGCCCGAAAGCUCGACUCAGACCUCUUGAUAGGAACUGCGUCGGGGUCCUGGCUCAUUUCCUGGGGAUCCAUCUUGGCCAUCAUCUGUGCUGAGGAACACCCCACGUACACAUGGUACAAUCUGCCGUAUUCUAUCCUGGCGAUUCUGGAGAAAUACAUUCAAAACCUUUUCAUCAUUGAAUCCAUCCACCGCAAGCCUGAGAGAUACAAUGAGGAUAUCAGGACCCUCAGGGUCAUGGCCAUUUGCAGUAGGAAUCCCACUCCACUCACUCCUUCAUGUCAAAAAAAUGGUGGUAUGGCCAGAGAUGCUGCUUCCAACAGCAGAGAAUUGUCACACGUGCUCAACGGAAGUAUUUGUUUGAGAGAGAGCGGAGAACAGAACCAGGAAAACAUCCCAGAUGCAGAUGGCAGUCCAGGUUCCUUGCCCACUAAUACCAAGAGGAAAAUCCUGAGAAAUAUCGCAGCCUUUUUGUUCCUCUGCAACAUUUCGCUCUGGAUCCCACCUGCCUUUGGAUGCCGGCCUGAAUAUGACAACGGAUUAGAAGAAAUUGUUUUUGGAUUUGAACCUUGGAUAAUCGUGGUUAACCUUGCCAUGCCUUUUUCUAUUUUCUACCGGAUGCAUUCAGCUGCCUCUUUAUUUGAGGUCUAUUGUAAGACUUAGACGGAGGAACAAACAAAUCCACAAAGUCAUUCUCCUGCCAUCUGAGAACCACAGGGCUCUGCAAAUAUUAUGUCAGC